AGAUCGAGUGUCUGGCAGCGACGCUGACUGUAAUGGCCUCUGCGGGAGGCGACUAAAACCAAAGAGAAGACAACUAACGUGCAAAUGACAGGGCCAGAAAUAGCUGUCCUGUUGGUAAUCGUCGCUGUAGAGACGCUUUCGGAGAGCUUAGUGGGAAACUGAAAUGACUGAGGUUUCACACAUUGCUUAGGCUGAACCCUUCUUCAGCCCCUUUGAAGUAUCCCUGCCAUCAGCAACCAGCUCAAGACAGUGACGCCAGGAGGAAGGAAGGGACAGCAGUGAAGGUGUUGUGCUCCUGGAGCAGUCCCUUGUACAUCAGCCGGCCCAAGGACAUUCCCCCUCCAUUGGCGUGUCCUUGGUGCUGGGAGGUGGUUCAGCACGGCCUCCCCCAGCAGUACCCGCUUCCUCUCACCCCCAGGACGAGAUGGCAGCUCUCAUUGCUGAGAACUUCCGCUUCCUCUCCUUGUUCUUCAAGAGCAAAGACGUGAUGAUCUUCAAUGGUUUAGUAGCCCUGGGCACGGUGGGGAGUGAGGAGCUCUUCUCUGUUGUUGCCUUCAACUGCCCUUGCUCCCCUGCCCGCAACUACAUCUAUGGGCUGGCUGCCAUUGGUGUCCCAGCUUUGGCCCUCUUCCUCAUUGGCGUCAUCUGGAACAACCACACCUGGAAUCUGGUGGCUGAGUGCCACAAGCGUGGCAUCAAGAACUUCUCUGUGGCUGCCACCUUCCUCCUCUUUGGCUCCAUCAUGGGCCGGGCAGCCGUGGCACCCGUCACCUGGUCGGUCAUCUCGCUGCUGCGCGGGGAGGCUUACAUCUGCGCCCUCAGCGAGUUUGUCCGGCCAUCCUCCUUGGACAAGUUCCCAGCUGAGUAUGGGGCUGAUGUGCUGGCCAGGUUCCCCUGUAAAGAUGUGCCGGCAAACCUCACCAAGUUCAGGGACGAGGUGACGCGGAGGCUGAGAUACGAGUCCCAGCUCUUUGGCUGGCUGCUCAUCGGCAUCGUUGCGGUCCUGGUUUUCCUCACCAAGUGCCUGAAGCACUGCUGCUCACCGCUGAGCUACCGGCAGGAGGCUUACUGGGCCCAAUACCGCUCCAACGAGGACAAGCUCUUCCGACGCACAGCUGAGGUCCACUCCAGGAUCCUGGCAGCCAAGAAUGUGAAGCAAUUCUUCGGCUUUGUGGCGCUGGACAAGGAGGAGAAGGAGCUGGUGCAGGAGUUCCCAGUGGAAGGCGUGCAGCCAAGCCCCCAGUGGAAUGCCAUCACGGGUGUCUACAUCUACCGGGAGAACAAGGGCUUCCCCCUCUACAGCCGGCUCCACAAAUGGGCCAAAGGGGUGGAAGGGAAUGGACCAAGCCCGGAAGGCCAUGAAAUGCUCUUUUUGGCUUCCUAAGAUGGGUGCUUGUUACUCCCCAGACUGCCUGGUAGGCCUAUCAGUAUUGGUGCACAGGCUGAGGGUUUCACUGGGAAUAUCCCUCCCAGCAACAGUUCUCUCAACAGGUAAAUAGGGAUCAAGAACCUCAGGGUAGAGACUAAAGCAAUACACUGAGCAGGGAACACCUCCCUUAGAGAAAACCUCGCUGCUGCUCCCAGAGACAGAAGGGGAGCAAAGAGCAGAUGCAGACCUUACAUCCAGCUUCCAGUGCACCAGCAGAAACCUUGGGGAGCAAGAGGUGGGCACGUUUCUAACCCUGACUCCUGCAGUCCCACUUGUCUCCCCCACGGCAAGGUUAGCCCCAGUCAUCUCACACACCUACUUUCAUUAUUGACAUUGGUACGUUCUCAGCCAGUUGCGCUGUGCCUGUUACGCAGGCAGAUCCCAAAGCAGUUUCCGGGCAUUACAAUGCAGGGAAAGAGGGAAGCAGUGUAAAUUCCUGUGGCAAGAGGGAUGCAAUAGCACCUGGGAAGGAAUGGGUCAGUAAUAGAGCAGCACACCAAAUAACUGAGAGACUAAGAUUGGAAGAAUCACCAAUAUUCUUGGUAUUCAGAAAGACACUCUGUAAUUAACCAGUUGGAAUUUGGGUAUGACACCAAACUUCCUUUGUUCUUAUUGAAGUGCCUGGCAAUCUCCAAUCAGUCCAAGUGGUCACAACCGUAAGUUUAUAAACCCAGAGGAUGGCACCAUCAACAGAAUAGUUUUCAGGGGAGGUGGAGCUUGAGAGGCAGCAGUACCUGCUGUGAGCCACACCACCAUCUGCAGCUCAUUGCAUUUCUCAUCGAACCAUUGGAUGAGUCCUGCUUGUUUGGGUUGCAAGCUGCAGCAAGACCUCAACCAGAAUUACUUUUAUAUUAUGUAUAUAUACACACACACAUACAUAUAUAGUAUAUAUGCUAUGUAAUUGUAGUUAGCUAGCUGUAUUAAUGGAACAUCUUUCUUCGAGGGAAAGGGGACAAGAAGGUUGCCAGCCAAAAGAGCUUACUACAUGCACCCAUCUGCUGCACUGGACUACAGCCCUGGAGUGACAAGGGACAUAGGAAUGGGAUGGGGGAAACAGUCCUCUCCCUACCCUUUUACCACUGAAUUUUCUUAAACUCUACUGCCUUAUGCAAUCACUGCAGCAGAAGGCAUCUUCUAUGGACUUGGUCAUACUCUGAGAAAGCAAAGCCAGAAAAGUGCAGUAUCACUGCCCUCACUGUGACACUGUGCUGCCAAUGGCUUCAAGGCUGCUCUUCUGGCACUGCAGUGUUCCUUUUCUCCCCAGGGUCAGCCCUACAUACCCAACACUGUUUUAACAGCUGGCAGGACAAUGAAGUGGGAUUUUCUCCUACUUGUACUAUUUCUUUAUAGGUACAACUUCCUUUUACACUGCACUGUUUACUAAAAAGCCUUAAAUUGCUCAAAAAAAAAUGAUUCAAACCCACAGAACUCAGAGGGGCUCACACACCAGGAGAUUUUAAAUAAAUUAUUAAAUGAGUUACUUUGCAUUGCCUUCUGAGGGUUUUUUCCAAGGAGGUAAAAAAACAA